AUGUCUCGAUUGAUACAAUGGGCCACCCUACAAGCUAUAACCUCGUCCAACGACAGUCACAAUCUUGCCCUACUCACACUACACAACGUCCUCAUAAACAUCCCCAUCAUGUCCUCCUCUCAACCCCGCACAUUCAACCCACCAAAUGUCCCUCUUCCCCCACCAACCUACCAUCAAGUCUCCAUAACCCCAUUACUCCCCACAUCCCGCCUCAUAACCCUCGCAGGCAUGACAGGUUGCGACCCCUCAUCCUCCUCAAACCCUUCCACCCUCCCCGAACAAGCUCCGAUAGCCUACUCCAACAUCUUGAAAUCUCUCGCUGCUGCAGGAGCAACUCCCCGAGAUAUCGUGCAGGUCAAACAUUACAUUGUUACGAAAACUGGGGAUGACAAGGUGGAUGCAUUGGACGUCGUGGAUCGGGGCUGGGCGGAAUUGUGGUGUGAGUUUAUGGAUCAAGAGGCUGGAGGACAUAGGCCGCCGGAUACGGUGAUUGGGGUUGCGAGUCUGGCAAAGAGGGAUAUUCUUUAUGAGUGUGAGGUUUGGGCGGUUGUUAGUGGGGAGGCAUGA